AUGGUUAGGAAGGGCCCUAUGGUUAAUGUUUAUAGUUGUAACAUAUUGAUAAACGGAUAUUGCAAGAAGAAAAAGAUUGGUGAGGCCAAUAAAGUUUUUAAGGAAAUGCGUUGUAGGGAACUUGUUCCUAAUACCGUUACUUUUAACACUCUUAUUGACGGUUUUUGUAAAGCGGGGAGAAUACGAGAAGCAGAAGAGCCGUUCUCUGAGAUGCAAGGUUGUGGCCAACUUCCAGAUGUUCAAACUUUUUCUGUUUUACUUGAUGCCCUAUGCAGUAGCCAACAAGUUUCUACGGCAUUAGAAUUGCUUAAUGAGAUGGAAGCCAACAAAUUGGAAUUAGACGUUGUAGUUUACACUGUUGUUAUUGCUGGUUUGUGUAAAGCUGGAAACAUUGAAUCUGCAAGAGCUGUCUUCUCUGGUUUAUCAUCAAAAGGAGUUCAGCCAAAUGUGAGGACAUUUAAUGUAAUGAUAUGUGGACUCUGUAACAGAGGCCUAUUUAUUGAAGCAGAAAAGUUGCUGGGAGAGAUGCGAGAGAAGGGCUGUUCUCCAGAUGGUUGGACCUAUAACAUCAUUAUCCGAGGGUUGUUAAAUAACAAUGAGACAUCAUGGGCUAUGAAAUUUAUUGAAGAAAUGGUGGAGUUGGGUUUCUCUGCAGAUACAUUAACUACGGAACUGAUAGUUCGCUUAUUGUCCAAGGAUAUAGUAGAUCCGGGUUUGUUGCCGUUGUUAAAAGAUUCAUCAUGA